AUCCUCGGACAGGCAGGCAGAGUGUAAAAUGGCGCACAGCUGUCGGUGGCGGUUCCCUGCUCGGCCCGGAGGGAGCACCAACUCGGGCACCGGGAAGAGAGCGGGCCGAAUCCGGGUCACCGCGUCCCUCCGAAAUGAUACUGGGGCUCAUACGAACUCAAUUGGGCCAAAGGCCGGUUUCGAUGCGGCGGUGCAAGUCUCCGCUGCAAUCGAGAGCAACCUGCAGAAAUUUCGGGAUGUUUUGGGGGAGUCAAGCGGGUCCAGCAGCGGGGAGGAAGAGGCGUUCGGUGGCUUUUGUACAGUCAGUGAAGGCAGAAGAAUACAUAGUCCUGCAAGGACCUUUUCAGUCCCACCAUCAGCUCCUGCAACUCCAGAGAAGAAGCCCAGGGGGCGUCCGCCCAGGGCACAGGCCACACACAGAGUGGGCAGCGCCACUGGCCCCGUGCCUGCGCCUUCUGUGCCCUCCUCUCUCCCCCACAGAGAUGCCACAGUCUCGCACACAGAGAAGGUCAAGCGGCCUCCGGGAAGGCCUCCCGGGUCAGGCGAGAAGAGGAGAGGCCGCCCGCCAGCCUCCGCUAGCCACAGGGGCUGGCACCAGAGCGGCCACGGGUCAUCGGACGAGGCACCGGCCGGAGGCGUGGCCGGCGCAAACGAACACGGUCCGACGGCAGCCCAACACGGCAAGCACGCAGGGGACGAGCGGGAGGGGGGUAAGAUGUCCAAGCUGGGCAAAGUGCCCAAGCUGAAGAGGCUGCAGGAUGCCAAGAUGGGCCCGCUCAAGUCGCGGCUCAAGGCAGUGGCUCGGAAGGGCGUGCCGGUGCCCGUCGUGCCGAGGCGGCGGAGGGGGAGGCCGCCCUCAGCGGAGCGCCUGAAAGCGGAGGCCGCUGCAGCUGCCGCUCGCUCAGGCUCGUCCGCUGCCACUGCUUUCGCCGAGCUGUCCCUUCCAGACGCACGCACCGUCAAACAGAAGGCCUUCAGGGUGCGCGGCAGGGACAGAGGGCUGGACCUCCAGGCUGCCCAGCAGCAGCAGCAGCAGCAGCAGCAACAUGCCAAGCUCAGGGCUCCCCACGCCGACUCGCAACCCGACAGCCCCACGGAACCCCACAGCCCGCCUUCCUCGAAGUUCGGGAGGCCCCUGGGGCUGCGUCAGAGCCCGCGCCACAUCAAGCCCGUGCGUAUCGUGCCCCCUUCCAAGCGCACGGACGCCACCAUUGCCAAGCAGCUACUGCAGCGUGCCAAGAAAGGUGCCCAGAAGAAGAAGCUCCUGGAGAAGGAAAGCGUUGGCAGCGGUGGACCGCCGGGCAUGGACACGGGUAUCCGGCGCCGGCGGAGGACCCCGCUCAAGAACAUCCGGCAGUUCAUCAUGCCCGUGGUGAGCACCGUGUCCCGGCGCAUCAUUAAGACGCCCAAGCGUUUCAUCGAGGACGAGACCAGCUUCAGCGCCCCACCUCCCCAGAAGGUGUCCCGCCUGGACACGCCCGUGUACGUCUCGGCGUCCGUGGCGACAGUGGCCGCCUCCCAGCCUAACGCGGCGCCUUCCCCCACGCUGGCAGCCACUUCCUCCCCCUCGUCCGCCGCGUCUGCGGGUCCUGCCGCCGGCACCACCGCCGCCGUGGACAGUCUUCCCCCUCCCCCUCCCCCCGUGGUGUCCGUUGUCCCCACCAACAGCGGCAGCGUCCCCCCGGGUCUCCUGAACAACGCUGCGAUGGCCGCAGCGGCGGGCGGAAGCUGCAACAACAGCAACAGCAAUGGCGGGCGCUUCAGCAGCAGCGCGGCGUCGUGCGGCUCCAGCGCCGUCUCGCAGCACUCCUCGCAGCUCUCGUCCGGCGAGUCCUCGCGCUCCAGCAGCCCCAGCCUGGACGACUCGUCCUGCGACUCGCAGGCCUCGGAGGGCACGCAGGCACUGUCCGAGGAGCCCGACCGCUCGCCGGGCUCGUCCCAGGGCGACCACGAGCGGGAGGAGGAGGAGGAGGAGGAGGAGGCCGCACUGAUGCAUUCCUCACGCCCGACCUCGCCGCCGUCCGAGCACGAGCGGGAGCACACGAGGCGGCUGGAGAGAGGACGACGUGGGCGGCGUGGGCAGGGCGUGAGGAGCGGCGCCAGCUUGGUGGGCAGGGGCAGAAGUGGCCUGAUGGGGCCGAGGAAGAAGACCAUCAUCAGCCCAGCCACCGGCAUCCUCAUGUCGUCCUCGCAGGUGGGCGCGCACCAGGCCUCCUCGGGCUCGUCCCCUCCUCCCCCUCAGCAGUUGCACCCGCCGCCAGGCUCCUCGUCCAGUGCGGCGGGCGGCGGGGACCACCACCCCCACUCCUCAUGGAUCAUGCCGCGCAGCAUCGCCCCGUUCCUCUCCGGCCCCGCCAUGCACGCGGCGUGCCACGACAAGCGGCGCUCCAUCCUGCGCGAGCCCACCUUCCGCUGGUCGUCGGCGCCCUCCCACAAACCCGAGUGCUUCUCCUCGGCCAAGUACGCCAAGGAGGGCCUCAUCCGCAAGCCCGUUUUCGACAACUUCCGGCCCCCGCCGCUGACCGCGGAGGACGUGGGCUUGGUCCCCGGCUCGGUCUCCGGAGGCGCGCCGCCCUCCGGGUUCACGGCCUCCCCCAGCGGCAGCGCUGGAUCGAGCAGCCGGCUCUUUUCUCCACUGCACCACCACCACCAUCAGCACACCUCCUCCCGCUUCGAGGGCUCGUACCCCAAACGCAGCCCGCUGCUCCGCGCCCCGCGCUUCACCCCCAGCGAGGCCCACUCGCGUAUCUUCGAGUCGGUCACCCUCCCCGCGUCGUCCGGCAGCAGUCCUGGCUCGCUAUCCCCCCUGCAAGGCUCCUCUCCGUCCGGUAGGAGCAUGCGCCACAGGAAGAGGAGGACCUUAGGAGCACCGGUGAGCGGACAACCUCGGUCUCCCUCGCACUCCAUGACCCGGAGGAGCAGUCAGCCGGGUUUCAAGAUGGGCAAGAGUCCCUCCGAUCACAGGGGCAGCUCGAGCGGCAACGCCAGUAACUCCACGUCCCUGACGGGGGUGGCCGUUAGCCCACUCGCUCCAAGUGCCUUAACCCAGCCUCCCUUCAGCACCUUGUCUUCAGGCGCUGCGGGCCUCUCCGGCCACGGUGGCACCGAUGGACGCAAAGCUUCCUCUGCGGCGGCACCGGGCGGCCUGGGCGGCGUCGGCAACUCGGCUGGCUCGUCAUCGUCCUCCCCGUCACAGCUCUUUCCCCUCUUCGGGCCCGGCGGGGGUGGGGGCGGCGGGAAGACGACUCGUGAGAGGAACCUCUCAGCCGGACAUGAGGCGUCCACCAAGGAGAAGGACAGGGAGUCGGAGAGGAGCCGCGAGCGAGAGAAGGAGAACAAGCGCGAGGGGAGGAAGGACAGAGAGCGCAAGGGGAAGGACACGUCCUCCCACUCGGCGUCCGGCUUGUUCGUCAUGGAUGGGAAGGACUUGGAAAAGUCAGUCCCGACGCUUGCCCACAGAAAGACCCCAGGGAGGAAGAAAUCUGUGUCGGCCGACUCCGGGGCUGAGGCCUCCCCAGCUGAUAGCAACACUGUCAGCAGCACGCCCUCGUCCAACGGCCGGCCUUCCAAGAAAGACCGGCCGCCUGACUGGAAUGCAGACGCGGACAGAGGAGGAGAAAAGGAGGAUCAAGAGAAGACGAGUAUGCCGCUACCGCCAGGGCAAACGGGCAAAGCCCCCACCACCAACCCUACACUGGAGUCCGUGUUGAACCGUGCAGAGAAACAACCGGUGGCCGACAAGCAACUGGCCGGGCUGCUGAAGAAGGCGAAAGCACAGCUGCAUAAUAUUGAGAAGUCCUUAAAGCCAGUAGAGCAGCCGAAAGUGCAGGGUCAGGAGAGUGACUCCUCGGAGACGUCUGUGCGCGGUCCCCGCAUCAAGCAUGUGUGUCGGCGUGCCGCGGUCGCUCUGGGCCGACAUCGGGCCGUGUUCCCAGACGACAUGCCCACCCUCAGUGCCUUGCCCUGGGAGGAGAGGGAGAAGAUCCUGUCUUCCAUGGGGAACGAUGACAAAUCGUCAGUGGCAGGCUCGGAGGAGGCUGAGCCACAGACCCCUCCCCUUAAGCCAGUGACGAGGCAAAAGCCGAUCCACGAAGCCCAGCCCAAGAAGGGCCGGCGGUCCAGGCGCUGCGGGCAGUGUCCUGGAUGCCAGGUCCCCGAGGACUGUGGCGUCUGCACCAACUGCCUGGACAAGCCCAAGUUUGGUGGACGCAACAUCAAGAAACAGUGCUGCAAAAUGAGGAAGUGCCAGAACUUGCAGUGGAUGCCUUCAAAAAUGUUUAUCCAAAAGCAAGUGAAAGGUAAAAAGGACAAGAAGAAGAACAGAAUGUCUGAAAAAAAGGAGUUGCAUUACUCGGUGAGCACAGCUGCCCCAGAGGCCAAGCCUGCGCUGAGAGAGGGCCCUUCUCAGAAGAAGAGCGAUGCUCUGCCCUCCAAGGCAGCAGAGGAGAAGCUGAAGCAGCAGCAGCAGCAGGAGGAAGAGGAGGAGGAGGAGGAGGAAGAGGACUGCUCUCCGACCCCUGAGCCAAGUCCUCCACCCGAGGAGGAGGAUCCCUCAUCACCACCCUCCACCCCCACACCCGAGGAGUCCAAGCAGCCCCCGCUGCUCAGCAGCGCUCCCUCCAGGAAGGAUCGGAAACUGCAGCAGCAGCAGCAGGCCACCACGUCUCCCCAGUCCGGCCAUAAAGACCCUUCCCCAUCGCCUCCCACCCCGUCACAAUCCCCAGGCCAGACACCCCCCCAGAGGUCCCCUCAGAACCCCCCCCACUCCAAGAAGGAGCCGCUCGCCAAACCCCCCUCUGAUGGCAAAAAGCCCCAGCAGCAGCUAGCGUCCCAGCCUCCUGUGCCUGACACAGGGCCCGACACAAAACACUUGAAGAAACUCGCUGCACGCUGUGCACCAGCGCCCAAGCCCAAACUAAAGGAGAAGCAGGAGAAGCAGGUAGCCAUUAAACCGGACGGCGGUACUUUAAACUCCUUGAGCACUCCCUCGACUGGGGUUCGGACCGAGCAGCAGCAGCAGACGGCGCCCUGCGACGGAGUGCGACGCAUCAGAGUGGAUUUCAAGGAGAGCCAUGACAUCGACAACGUGUGGGAGAUGGGCGGCCUGAGCGUCCUCACAUCUGUGCCUAUCACGCCGCGUGUGCUGUGCUUCCUCUGCGCCAGCAGCGGGAACGUGGAGUUUGUGUUCUGCCAGGUUUGCUGUGAGGCCUUCCAUCUCUUCUGCCUGGGGGAGUCGGAGCGCCCCUUAGAGGCGCAGCUGGAGAACUGGUGUUGCCGGAGGUGCCGCUUCUGCCACAUCUGCGGACACCCGCACCAAAACACCAAACAGCUGCUGGAGUGUGACAAAUGCCGGAACAGUUAUCACCCUGAAUGCCUGGGCCCUAAUCACCCCACCAGACCCACACAGAAAAAGAGAGUCUGGAUUUGCACUAAAUGUGUCCGCUGUCAGAGCUGUGGGGCCACCAAACCUGGCAAGGCCUGGGACGCCCAGUGGUCACACGACUUCUCGCUGUGUCACGACUGUGCCAAACUAGUCGCUAAAGGGAAUUCCUGCCCCCUCUGUGAUAAAUGCCAUGAUGACGAGGACUAUGAGAGCAAGAUGAUGAAGUGCAGGAGUUGCAGGCGCUGGGUGCAUGCCAAAUGUGAAAGCCUCACAGAUGAGAUGUAUGAAGUCCUGCCCAACCUGCCGGUGGCCUACACCUGCACCAAGUGCACGGAGAAGCAGCCUGCGGAGUGGAGGACGGCGCUGAAGAACAAGCUCCAGAGCUCCGUGCACCAGGUCCUCACCGCCCUGCUCAACUCCCGCACCUCCAUGCACCUGCUCCGCUACAGACAGCCUGUGAUGAAGCCCCCCGAGCUGAACCCAGAGACAGAGGAAAGCCUGCCCUCUCGUCGCUCUCCUGAAGGCCCUGACCCACCUGUCUUGACCGAGGUUCCACCACACGCUGACUCGCCACCAGACCUUGAGUCCGUGGAGAAAAAGAUGGAGUUGGGUCGCUACAAAUCAGUGCUGGAGUUCAGUGAUGACAUUGUCAAGAUCAUACAGACCGCCAUCAACUCAGACGGUGGGCAACCAGAGAACAAGAGGGCCAACAGCAUGGUCAAGGCCUUCUUCAUCCGGAAAAUGGAGCGCAUGUUCCCCUGGUUCAAGGUGAAGGAGUCGAGAUUCUGGGAGGCACAGAAGGGCUCAAAUAGCGGGCUUCUUCCCAACGCAGUGCUUCCCCCAUUCCUGGAUCAUAAUUAUGCGCAGUGGCAGGACCGGAUGGAGCAGAGCAGUGCCGAGCGGCCUCCGCUGGUGAAGAUCAUCCCUGCCCCGACCCACAAGCCCCCAGGGGAGCCGGACUUCCCCGCCACGCCUCCCUCCCAACCCCCUCACGUCAUCCAUGAGCUCUCUCCCGAGGGCAGUCCCGAGCAGCUCCCUCCACCUGGUCUAGGAGACAACAGGCAGUGUGUGCUCUGUCUCAAGUAUGGGGAUGAGAAUACCAACGAGGGCGGACGGCUCCUGUACAUUGGCCAGAAUGAGUGGACUCAUGUAAACUGUGCCCUGUGGUCUGCUGAAGUGUUUGAGGAUGACGACGGCUCCCUGAAGAAUGUGCACAUGGCAGUGAUAAGAGGCAAACAGUUGCGAUGUGAGAACUGCCAGAGACCUGGAGCGACUGUGGGCUGCUGUCUGACCACCUGCAACAGCAACUACCACUUCAUGUGCGCCCGCCAGCGACGCUGCGUCUUCCUCGAGGACAAGAAGGUCUACUGCCAGAGACACAAGGACCUGAUCAAGGGCGAGGUGAUAUCAGACUCUGGGUUUGAGGUAACACGCAGGAUUCUGGUGGACCUAGAGGGCAUCAGCCUUCGGCGGAAGUUCAUCAAUGGGCUUCCUCCUGACAACAUCCAUAUGAUGAUAGGCUCAAUGACCAUAGACUGUCUUGGAAUGCUGACGGACCUGUCAGAUUGUGAGAGGAAUCUUUUCCCAAUCGGUUACCAGUGUUCGAGAGUCUACUGGAGCACCACUGAUGCUCGCAAGCGGUGUGUUUACACCUGUAGGAUCUUAGUGUAUCGCCCCCAAGUGGUAGAAACAGUCACUGACAGCACAGUCUCCUGUGAGAAGAACUUUACCAUUGCUCACAGCCCCUCCACAGUCCCAGAAAUGGAGAUGAUCACAUCCUCUCAGCUGGUGGAUUCAGCAAAGCUGUCCUGUUCCAAGCCAGUGGCUGCAGCUUCCAGGCCAAAGAUGCUCUUCCGAAACAGGCACCCCAGCUAUCCACCAUGCCACAAGUCUCCCAUCUCCAGACCACUUCCCUCUCCAGGAGGCUUCACCAGUUCAGCACAUGAGAUUGUGACUGUGGGUGACCCUCUGCUGAGCUCCUGUCUCGGAAGAAUUGGAUCCCGGCGACACAGCACUUCCUCGCUCUCACCUCAAUCAUCCAGAAACACAGUUGUACCCACAGCGCAGAGCAGUUAUCUGUUCAGUCCGCAAAGCACAGCAUCCUCUAGUUCCUCCAUUACAACUACUCCCUUAUCCCUCUCUUCCUACACAUGGGACCGCGCACAGAGGGACUCCGGCACAAAGGGUCGGCCCUUUGCUUCCGUGAGGUCCCAGAACUGUCAGGUUAGCGCCUCAAGUCCAGGAUCUCAGCAAAGACAGUCAGGUGUCAAUGAAAAAGGUGACUGCAGCCGAGAACCACCUGGAAAGCAGUCCGAGGGAGAGGCGAUGCAUCUGUCUGCUCCGCUGAUGAUGGGGAUGAACCAGGUGUCGCCACCUUUGGGAACGGCCGUCCUUACGAGUCACCAGAGGAGUAGCAGCAGCACUAAGGGCGAGAAGGGGAAGCAGCAAGGAAUGAAAGACACUUCAGACCUUCCAGCCGAAUCAACUCUCCUGUCUUGUCAGCCCCAAGCUGCUUUACCCAAAGAUGGAGGCAACCCCAUCCAGGAAGGCACACCAGCCGCAAAAGACACAGGGAUACCGGGGUCCCCAAAGCCACCAUACCACAAAAGCGGAGGGAGGAAGUCACAUGACUAUGUGGCGGGGCCUGCCCCUGCUGCUGCCAUGAAACCCCGCUGGUCGUCUGGAGCUACCGUGGGAGAGGAGGACAUUAAACGCGGCUCUCAGGCAACACCAGCAGUAACCGCGAGUUGCAGGACCUCCAGCACCAAAGAGACAUGCUCCAAAAUGGGAUUCAGUGGAAGCAUCGAGGCAUCGAAGGAGAGGGAGAAAACUACUAAAAAGAUCAAGACCCCUCUUCAGAAAAAGGGCAGUGAUAUCAAAACACUCGGCCAAGACCAAAACUUUCAAAACAGUAACAACAAAUCUGCAGUACACAGCAGCAACACCAAAGCAGCCGGAACAAAUGCGGUUGAUAAACAUGACAGUCAAGGAGGGAAUAGACCACUAAAGUCAAGGGAGAGGUUCAGUUCUGAGAGCAAGAACAGCUCCAGUUUAGAGGGAAUGCAGCCAGAGACGGGCUCAGAUGCAGGUAUUAGGGCUGCGCUCAAUCAAACCAAAGCAAGCAAGGAGCUGAUCAAAAGGGAAAAGAAGCCUACAGGAAAAGCAUCUUUAAUAUCUCCAAAAAUAGAUCCUAAUGGGACCAAAGUGAUCAGUACAGGCUCGGAUACAAAUCUGUCGACUGCAGUUACCCCGGUCAGUCAGGGUCCACAGAGGAGGUCCACCUGUCCACCUGUCCUCUUCUCUUCGCCAUCUGCCAGCUCAGAAAGCUCAGAGUCCGAGAGCCAAGCUCACCCAGAGGACUGUGAAGAACAUCUGCGAGAGGGAGAGGGAGCUGAGGACGGAGAAGAUCCCUCCAUGGAGGACGAAGGCAGCAUCGACAAGCACAACGAGGAAGACAGCGACGGUUCGGGGUCAGCCAAGCGAAGGUACCCGCGGCGUAGUACACGGGCUCGCGCCAAUAUGAUCUUUGGUUUGACGCCUUUCUAUGGCGUGCGUUCCUAUGGCGAGGAAGACAUCGACUUCUAUGGCGGCGGAGAGGUCAUUGGGAAAAAGCGGUCCGGAAUGAGCAAGCGUUCUGCCGAGGGGCAAGUCGAUGGGGCAGAUGAUAUGAGCACUUCGUUGUCAGAGGAUAGUGGGGAAGACGAGGAGGUUGGACUGGGGCCGUGUCCAAACAAAGACUCCUAUUACUAUAACUUUACACGCACCAUCAUCAACCGUAACGUCAGAUUACACCCUGAGGGAGUGGGAAGAGGGUCACAGUUUGGCAGGUUUCUGAACGAAGAUGCAGGAGAGAGUACAGAUCACAUGGAGGAAUCUGGAGCCAUACCAUUGAGUCUGGGCCGUCCCCAAAUUGGCCAGCUGGAUGGCGUCGAUGAUGGCUCUGAGAGCGACGCCAGCUUGAGUACCAGCAGCACCACAACUGCCACAACGUCCACUACCCACAAAACCUCUGGGAAAAGGAAGAGCCGUGAGAGUCGGGCGGAGAGGAUGGCAGCAGGCUCAGGGAAAGACUCCGACAGCAGCGCUGGAGGGGGGAAUGGCAGCAGUCGAGAGAGCAGGAAGAACCAGAAGGAGUCUUGUCUGUCUCUGGGGAACGUCAAGUCACAGGGGCAAGACCCUCUGGAGGCACAGUUGUCCCUCACCACAGACCUGCUCAAGUCUGAUUCUGACAACAACUACAGUGAUGACUGUGGCAACAUCCUGCCUUCUGACAUCAUGGAUUUUGUGUUGAACACGCCAUCAAUGCAGGCCUUGGGUCAACAGCCAGAGUCAUCUUCUCCGGAACUUUUGCUAGGUGAAGGGUACGGGGUCGACGUCAACCGGAGGAAAGACUCUGCGCUGCUCUUUGACAUACCACUGCCUAGCACUGAGCCUGGGGAGAGCAACUCGACUAUUUCCGUCGAGGAGUCCUACAGCCUGCAGCUGGGCCUGCCCUCUGACCUCUCAGUUCUGACCACGCGGAGCCCUUCCGUUAGCAACCAGAAUCACAACACUCUCAUUCCGGAAGCUUCCGUUAGCAACCAGAAUCACAACACUCUCAUUCCGGAAGCUUCGGAGAGCACAAUACUGUCAUUGACUACUGAUGAAACUGUGGAGAAAGCUGGAGACAAGCCAGGGGUCAGGACGAGCGAGGUGUCUGAGGAAGGAGGUGGAGACUCACAGGUAACUAAUGAUCAGCUGACACCCAAGCAUUUCAUAACGGGCAUCGAGGGCGAGCAUAUUUCCAAUCAAGUCAGUCAGGUGAUUGAACCAGAUAACCAGGACGUUGCCAGGACCUCUGGGACACCAGGAUUACCUAGUUCUCCUACGCUGCCUCUACAAAGUCAGAAAUACAUACCUGUCACUGCUGUAAGCCCUGGACCUUCUCAGGUUGCUAGCACUGCUGUUCAAACCCCUUCCUCUCAUCUCAAACCUGCCCCGGAAAAAUUGAUUGUUGUGAAUCAGCGAAUGCAGCCUCUCUACGUCUUGCAGACUCUACCCAAUGGAGUGACACAGAAGAUACAAAUCACACCUUCAGUUGGUACGACAGGGGUCAUGAGCACUAGUCCCUCUGUGUUGAGCUCCAUGACUCUCACAGCAGGUCUCCCCAAUCAGCCCAUAUUUCCUGCGGGUGGAAAGGGCCUAUUACCCAUGUCUCACCACCCACAAAUUCAUACUCUUACUAAUACAACUCAGGCCAGUUUCCAACCUGUCAUUCCCAACACCACAUCAGGCCUCCUCAUAGGCAUCCCCUCCCAUGACUCCCAGAUUAUCGUGUCUGAAGCAGGACGCAGACCUGAUUUGGCACCCAGCGUCACGAUGGUCUCCAGUGCACCAUCCUUGUCUCCCUCUUCAUCUGUGCUUUCCUCAGGACAUGGCAAGAAACGGCCCAUAACCCGGCUUCUGCCACGCAAAAGCAAAAAACCUCCUCGCUCCCGAAGCCACCCACCGUUAGCGCCAUCAGAAGUGGCACCCAACAUGACCCUUAUAAACUUGUCGUCUCCUCAAAUCACAGCUGGAAUUUCCACUCAGUCUGGUUUAGUUGAACUGGGCACCCUAACCACAGCCACUACCACGUCCCAUCGCAAAAUCCCCAAUAUCAUUAAACGACCAAAAGGGGUAAUGCUGGUGCCACAGCCUAUGCCCAUUACAUCCAGCGGUCAGCCUGGCAUCUUGGGGCAGGACACGUCCACCCACUUGUUGCCAUGUACUGUUUCAGGGCUCAAUCCAAACCAACAGGUGUUGAACGUUGUCUCAGUGGCACCUAGCGGAGCUGGCAACAUUCUCGGCGCGAGUUCAGUUUCUCUGAGCACACCUGGACUCCUGAGUUCCACUGAGAUUACGGGGGCCUUCAGCAAUCUGCUCUUCAAAGCCGGCCCACAUAAUCUGACCAUUCCAGACCAACAGAUGGUUCUCCACUCCGGAGGGGCCAUGAUGCCGCAGCUAACUCACCCUGUGCAGACGUCUAUCGCCAGUAGUAUAUGCGUUCUUCCACCACAGCAAACACUCAGCAUGUCUGUGAGCAAGCAAGUGGACCAAGAGAGCGCCCUGCAUCGCCAGCAAGUCAGUCGAAUCUUGGCAGACAAACCACAAGCACUCGAUCAGAGUGGGAAUGUUGCGGGAUCCAUAGGUCCUGCCCCAAGCUUAAUGGCCCAGGACCCAAGCAAGCCAGUGGUUGGGGUAUUUACCCAAGGUUCAUGGACAACACCCAUCACCCUCCACACAAAUCAGCAGCAAGUUUUCAAGUCCGCUGCACCACCCACAGCAGGUGGGAAGGGGAAACAGAAGGCCAAAAGGGUUCGGUCGACUCCAGAGAAGGCCAGCGGGAAGAAACCGAAGGGACUGCAGGCAGAGUCUCCGCUAUCAUCCAAGGGAGAUGCGAGCUCUGCUGGUCAGCAGUCAUCCUCAGGGACUAAGCAGCCAGUCAAUCCUGAGCCUAUGGACACAGGAAAACCAAUGGAAAAAGAUUCAAAUAAAAGUUGCAGUGAUGCUCCUGUGACCAAAGCGUCCCCCAUCAACCAGGUGUCAGUAGAGUUGUGUGAUGAGGAGUCUAAAGCCACAAGUCCUACUACUCAGAACAGUGGGAAAGGAUCUGGCACUGUACUGGCUUCAUCAGAGCAGGAGGAUGACAAGGGAGGCAGGGACUUCCUCUCUCACUACAAGCCUAAGAAAGGCCUCAUGUUUGAAAUAUCCAGUGAUGAUGGCUUUCAGAUCCGUUGUGAGAGCAUUGAAGAGGCCUGGAAAUCUUUGACUGAUAAAGUCAAGGAGGCACGGUCGAACGCCAAACUCGAGGAACUUUCAUUCGAGGGAGUUAACGGGCUCAGGAUGCUCGGCGUUCUUCACCACACCGUGGUGUUUCUGCUGGAACAGCUGUGUGGUGCCAAAUACUGCCGGAACUACAGUUUCCGCUUCCAUAAGCCCAAGGAGUGCGACGAGCCCCCCAUCAACCCUCACGGCUCCGCCCGAGUGGAGCUGCACCACAGGAGGUCCGUUUUCGACAUGUUCAACUUCCUGGCUUCCAAACACCGGCAGCCUCCGGAGCACAACCCCCAGGAGGAGGAGGAGGAGGAGGUGCUGCUGAAGUCCGCUCGCCGUGCCAUCAGCUUGGACCUGCCCAUGUCCAAGAGACUCCGACACCUGAAGAAAACCUCCUGGGAAACAGUAGGCGUGUAUAGGUCAGCCAUUCACGGACGAGGUCUGUUCUGCAAGCGAAACAUUGACGCAGGAGAGAUGAUCAUCGAGUACUCUGGCACCAUCGUCCGCUCGGUCCUCACUGACAAACGGGAAAAGUAUUAUGACGAGAAGGGGAUUGGCUGUUACAUGUUUCGCAUCGAUGAUUAUGAGGUGGUGGACGCCACGAUGCAUGGCAACGCAGCGCGUUUCAUAAACCAUUCCUGCGAGCCCAACUGCUUCUCUCGUGUCAUCAUUGUGGACAGUCAGAAGCACAUAGUCAUCUUCGCCUUGCGCAAGGUCUACCGAGGAGAAGAACUCACCUACGACUACAAGUUCCCCAUCGAGGAACCUGGGAAUAAGCUGCCCUGCAACUGCGGAGCCAAAAAGUGCCGCAAGUUCCUGAACUAACUCCGGCAUUCUAGCACUUUUCAGGGCGAUGUCGGCAGCACCUUGCUGUGGGUGACCCACAGCAGUUCCACGUUUCCUGUAGUGUGGGACACUUACAGGGCUGAAGAGGUAGCAUGCGUUGAGAUGGGCUUCUGUUGUUCGUCAGAGCUGUUCAGUGUGUGCUUGUGUUUUCCGGAAGGAUGACAUUACUGUGCCUCUUUGGUUUUUGUUACAUUUCGUUGACUGGUUUUCAGUGUCAUCAUCUGAGAGCAAUUCAUUUGGGGAAAUUCAGGCCUUUUUUUAAUGUAAGGUUGAUUUUUUUUUUUUUUUUUUUGUUGAUUUUGUUUUUUUCUUUUAGCUUAAUGGUUAAAAACUAGUGCCCAAGACAUUUGUGUAGGUCCUCCCCAUAGGUUUUAAAUCUCUACAUCACCACUUUUACCUUAAUUUUUCAGGAUAUGGCCUGUAAGGAUACUGAUACUGUUUGUUUGAUAAUGCUCAAUCCCAUUUGCCCCUGCUUCCAGAAUGUGAUGGAUCUCUACAAACAAGAAGAGCCACGUUGUUAGAUCCAUUUUACACCAAAGUGCAAUUCUUUCAGGGGAGGGGUUAAAAAAAAAUCAGGCUCAAACUGAAAUAACGAAAGUGAUCAAUGAAAGCCCUUAUUAUUAUUAUUGUUAUGUAUUUUUGUUUCCAAGCAUGGCAUUCUUCAACACAUCUUUUCCAUCACUGAAUGUAUACUGAAGCCUUCAGACAGCCGUAUUAGCUCUUACUGAGGCGAAGCCUGUCCAUGUUCGAGACACUGUAAAUAUCCUGCAAUCUUGUGUUGACUCAGUAGGGAUGACUAGAUUAUGUUCAUCAGUUGUUUUUCCAAACUUGAUUGCAGUAAUGUUGAUAUUUGUAAGCGUUCCUAUGCUUCGUGUUCUUAUGCUGAGUUGGUCCAGAGUGGGGUGGAGACGGCCUGUGAUUGGCUAGGACUGAGAUCCUGGUGGACUGACAGCCUGGCAACUUGAGGGACAGUAGAGUGGUCGAGCGGUUGGUUGUCCGAGUCCGUGGAAAGAGAGAGUAGGUCUGGUAACUGUUGUGAGGUGGUCGUUGGAGGACAAAAUGAUUGCAGAGCCAUCCUUUCUUAAGAAAGAGUCAAACGUGUGUGCAUGUUAUGGCUGUGUCCAUGAUGACUGGAUUUAAGGAUAAAUAAUUGACUUGAGCUGAGCAAACGUGAUAUGUUGAUCUAUUUUAUGCUUGUUUUAGACCAAUAUGAGAAAAAUCCUCCCGUUGCUGCUUUUAAUAAUUAAUGUUGGCAAUUGAGUAAAACAAAUAUGAUGUCUGCUUUGCGUUGGAAGUUUUAUCUUUUUACGAUAUCAGGCGUUUUCUUUCAAUAUGUAAAUAAUAUGUAUAUUUUUAUAUACGAAAGACUGAAAAGCACUCACUAGUGAAUAGCACCUAAUGAUGGUAUUUAUAUUUUUAAUAAAACAUUGUAUUUAUUUUAACAACAUAUUUGUAGGAAAUAAGAGGUUUACAACACUAAUGCUUGGUCUGACAUUUGUAGAGCUGCCUUCCUUUCGGUUUAGUUUUUCAUUUUUAACACUUCAGACUGAAGCAGUUACUGUCUCAAGAGAGUGCAGUCCACCAGUAGCUCCUAUUUGCCACUCUGAAGCAAGCGUCUUUUGUAUUUGUGACCACUUGUAGCGCUGGUCAGCUGUAAAGGGUCGGGAGUGAAUAUGCGCUUAUUUCACCCUUAGCCAGCCCCUUCGCCAAUUCCCUCAGAGUAUGCGGUCUCUCAUUGACUCUAUUUUCAUAGACAUAAAGCAUAGUUCUGUCUUUGUUCUCUUGUAUUAGUUGGUCUCGUUCGAUUCUAUUUUUUAAAACCCAAGACUAUUAUUAUAUCCGAAAGAUUUCCAAAGUUUUGAUGAAGCAAAUGCCCCAGUGUUCUGUGUAUUUUUUUAUCACGAAGAAUUAUUUUCGUAAAGUAACUGUAAAACCCCAGGGCUAUGAAGGCUAGCCCAGUCCAAGAGUUUUCAUGAAGCACUACUGCUCCAAGACUUCCUAACUACCCAGGCACUGAACAGCCUACCUGCUUCCAUUUCACCACCCCAUGCUCAUUGUGCUCUGGAUAGUUUCACUCCACCAGAUAUUAUCAGACACAGAGAAAUAUCGAGCUUGAACUUACAAGACACCCCAUUGAAUAUCCCAUUGAAUGCUCUUUGGUCCUUGUUAGUAGGAAUAAGGUGCCUUAUCUGACAUUGAGAUAUUUCAGCGUUAACUUCACAAAUGGACCGGGGCCUAAGCAGUUACCCACAUCCACCUGCUGUUGCAGAAAUGGUCAAGUGGCUACCAGUGGUGUACCUUCUCAUCUUUGUGAUGUGACGGCCUUAACACUGACUAUAGCAUACAGGGGUGUUUGUUCAAAUGGCAUUGGGUCUGCUGGUUUCUUUUUGAUCAACGGUCCUUCAGUUGGCUUCCCGUUGUUGACCUCUCAAUUCCCUUUUCCCCAAAGUAAACAGGCAAAAAUCUCUAUUUUUCCUUCUCGUGGCUGAGGAGACGGGUCGGUUUCAGAGCAAUUGGAUGAUUUGUAAGAGACAUGGGUACUAUGCAUAUCUUUCAGAACAAAAACUCUAGAUUGCUGCUGUAUGCAAUGAAUUACUCUUUACAGAGACAGAGCGCUUUGGCCAGUACUUUUUAUUCAUAUUCUGUACGUUUUGUAUGUUGACUUGUUUGUUUGUUAGUUUAUUUUGCCGUCUAACAGUAUAAACACAAGGCAGUUGAGCCCUGACCCCCUUCCAUUGGCUGGUCAGUGAAAACCGUAAUUGACCAACACAUUCUUAGGGUCGUGGGGAGGAAGACUAGAGCAGUUUAUCUUUGGAAGCAAAGCCCAGCAAAGGUCAGGACAGGCACCUUGAGCACACAUCUCACUUAUUUUUUUCCCUCUUUCAUCCAGAAGUUCUAGCUCUAGGUUGGAGAGUUCUACUGCGCCCUCUGACCCUAACCCCCCCACCCCCUCCACACACACACACACACGGCGGUCAGUACGGACAGAACUCAGGUGGGGGUCGGCUGAAGAACACACAUUGCCGGGCCCUGUCAAGCCUGUGGCCUCUCGUCUAAUUCAGGGAUAAAGAUUACGUUUGGGUCAACUCCCGCAGUUCAGCCGCAGUUUGGCCCUUAUUGAAUGUAUUCAUAUAUAUAUAUAUAUACACCGGUGUGUGUGUGUGUGUGUGUAUAUAUACACACACACACAUUAUAUAUAUAUAUAUAUAUAUAUAUAUAUAUAUAUAUAUAUAUAUAUGAAUUAUAUUGACUCUUAUCGCAUUUGUUUGGUGUUAAUGUUAGUAUUUUAAGAAAGGCUGGGAUGAGUUGUUUAGGGAAAGUCUUGUCACAGAAAAAUAAUAUGUUGGAACGGUGAUGAAGAAAAUAGAAACAAGGACAUGAGGAAUAACUAUCCCAAGGGCUUUGCCGCUUUUUUCCAUUUUUCAUGUUAGUUUAGAAUGAGACGCUUCCGAAACAGGUGAACGCAGUCAGUCAGUCAGUCAGUCAGUCAAUCAAUCAGUUAGUUAGUUGGUCAAAACUCAAAAGAGGCAGACCAAUUCAGUUGUUCCUUGGACUUCGUACCGUGACAUCAUUUCUCAGUGGUAUUACAACUUGACAUGUAAUUACAGUAUCCAAUAUAUACAUACACAUGUACAUGCAUACAGGAGCAUAAUGUAUAAAUAGUACAUUUUGUAAGUCAAUAUCUUCACUAUAUGGAAUGGACAGACAAACUUAGUUACAAUAGCAGCAACAGAUUCUUAAUGGUUAAUAAUCAUGUUUGAUGUACUCAAUAAUAACUUUUGAGUUUCAGAAACCUUUCAGAGUAACUAACCUUCAUUUUGUAAAUGUGCAUCCAGUAUCUGUUAAUUUGUGCCCGUGCAUUGCCGUUUUUCCUUUUCGUUUCUUUUUUGUUCUUCUCUAGAAAGGAACAAUAUUAAUAAUCAUGCGAAAUGUAAAUGUAUUCUGUAGUUGUAAACUUCUUGAGGUCAAAUGUUUUAUUUUCCUGUGUUUUUAUCGUUGUAGUGAAAGUGUUUCAUUUUUGCUCUGUACAUUCUGAAGCAGGAUUUGGACUGAUGGUAGAAGUAGGUUUGUCAAGGCCAGGAAAAGAAUAAUGCUCUUAUUCUUCACCCACCCAAGUGUCCUGUACUGUUCUCUCUAACAUUUUGAAGCUUGAGUUGUUCUUGUUCUGACUUUUUUUUUUAAAUAAGUGAUAGUGAUUUUUUAAUCCUUUUAAUUUAUUUAUUUUGUAUGUAACUUUGGCAUAUCCGUAAAAAUAAUGAUCUGCAUGUCCACAUCCUCAUCCUCUCUAGCGCAAGUCAAGAUGGUGGGAUAAUGCCUCAUCAGCAUUUGGAAGCCUUUUUCCCUUUUUGAAGGGAGUGUAUUUGUAAUAGGAGGAGUGUUGUGUGUGUGUGAGCUCCACUGACUUGUAGAUGAUGAUGCUGGGAGGAUAUGGACACAGACACGUGUACUGCACUUAACGGAAAACCACAGACAGUAAUGACCAUUUUAAUACUGACGCUAAAAAGAAAAAAGAAAGUCGGUUUUCUUUUUUUUCUUUUUCUCUUGUCUGAGUUGCCCACCAGUAUUCACCAAUAUCACAGAAAUGAAGGAAAACAAAACAGUUAAAUUACAAUCGCAAAACCACAAACUACUAAGGAUGAAUGUAUAAUGAGAAAAAAAAUACAAUUGUACAUAAGUGUAAAAAGGAAAGUUUCUAAUCAUGUUUAUUUUCUAUGCACCUUUUUUAUUUAAGUGAUAGUUUAAGUAAUAAACAUGUCUCCUUUACUCCUCA